CUCUACCCACCUCUGGAUUAUGAUCCUGUCUCUCAUUCUGAGAUCCUUCUCCAAGAUUGUCAAGAGUCAGCUUUGUGAUUACCCUUGAUCAUUACUUUAUCUGUAUGGAGUGGACUGCAUUUGGGCCCAGAGGCCUGAACUUUCAUGAACUUGUUUUAGUCUCUUAUUCAAGGGACUCAGGUUUCAGUUCUUAAUCCUUUAAAACAGUUGGAGAAGAAAAGCAAAAUACAAGUUGAGCAAUUCUGUGUGAUCUCUCAACCUUAGCAACAUCCUCCCUGAGCAGUGAUUCUUAGUUCCUUGUUCUUGUUGAGAGAUAGUAUGUGAUUGUGGAGACAGCACUAGGCUGACAGCAUUUCAGAAAGCAUCAACUUUUCUCCAUGGAUCCAUUCAUCAAAUGAAAUAUGCAUGUACUAUUUUUAAAGCUUUUUACUUCAUCAUAGAAAAGUUUACCCCCCCCCAAUGAAAAUGAGAACAUUUGAGAGGGUGAUUUGAGAAAGUGUCUUAUCAGAUCAAUAAACCAAAGGAUAAAUAUUGAAUAAAUUAAUCUAAAACAGUUUUUUAAACCAGAAGGAUUUCAUCUUGACAGAUAAACGAUUUUGAUUCAGUAUAUAUUUUCUGAAAUGAAAAGUGAGAGACAAAAACAGAUAAUAUAGAUGAAGAUGUUUAGUAAAUAAGCAUUGUCAAUUGUAUUCUCAUGAAGAUGACUCAGUAAUGUGAAAUCCUGUACAAAUCCUUGAUUGUGGUCCUAAAAACAAGACUGUUUUUGAUGGGACUGAUAUUAAGAGAAGUAGGACUAUUUAUGCAUUCAACUCACAGUCAUAGAAUUUGUAAUCAUCGGUAUGAGUGGCUUAAUAGAGGAAAUAAAGAAGAUUUCAUCUAAAUCCAAAAGAGCAGUUUUUUUUUACUGCUAUUAUUUUGCAAACCUUUCCAUAACCAUUUAAAAAGAAUUGACAACUAUUUUUUAAAGAUUAAAGAAAGGCAGAUGUCUGCAAAUAAUUCUCCUCCAUCAGCCCAGAAAUCUGUGUUUCCUGCAACUAUUCCUGCUGCGCUUCCAACUCCUUCUCCGUGUUCAAGUCCUCAGACGGGACUUUCUGCCCGAAUCUCUAAUGGAAGCUUCAGUGCACCAUCACUCACCAACUCUAGAGGCUCUGUGCAUACAGUUUCAUUUCUGCUGCAGAUUGGCCUCACACGGGAGAGUGUUACCAUUGAAGCCCAGGAACUAUCUUUAUCUGCCGUCAAGGAUCUUGUGUGCUCCAUUGUUUAUCAAAAGUUUCCAGAGUGUGGAUUCUUUGGCAUGUAUGAUAAAAUUCUUCUCUUUCGCCAUGACAUGAACUCAGAAAAUAUUUUGCAGCUGAUUACCUCAGCAGAUGAAAUACAUGAAGGAGAUCUAGUAGAAGUUGUUCUUUCAGCUUUGGCCACAGUAGAAGACUUCCAGAUUCGUCCACAUACUCUCUAUGUACAUUCUUACAAAGCUCCUACUUUUUGUGAUUACUGUGGCGAGAUGCUCUGGGGAUUGGUACGUCAGGGACUAAAAUGUGAAGGUUGUGGACUCAAUUAUCAUAAACGAUGUGCCUUCAAGAUACCAAAUAACUGUAGUGGAGUAAGAAAGAGACGUCUAUCGAAUGUAUCUCUACCAGGACCUGGCCUCUCAGUUCCAAGACCCCUACAGCCUGAAUGUGUAACCCUUCUCAGUGAAGAGUCACAUGUUCACCAAGAACCAAGUAAGAGAAUUCCAUCGUGGAGUGGUCGCCCAAUCUGGAUGGAGAAGAUGGUAAUGUGCAGAGUAAAAGUUCCACACACGUUUGCUGUUCACUCUUACGGCCGUCCCACAAUAUGUCAGUACUGCAAACGGUUACUGAAAGGUCUCUUUCGCCAAGGAAUGCAGUGCAAAGAUUGUAAAUUCAACUGCCAUAAACGCUGUGCAUCAAAAGUACCAAGAGACUGCCUUGGAGAGGUUACUUUCAAUGGAGAACCUUCCAGUCUGGGAACAGAUACAGAUAUACCAAUGGACAUUGACAAUAGUGACAUGAACAGUGAUGGUAGUCGAGGCUUGGAUGACACAGAAGAGCCAUCUCCCCCAGAAGAUAAAAUGUUCUUCCUGGAUCCAUCUGAUCUUGAUGUGGAACGAGAUGAAGAAGCUAUUAAAACAAUCAGUCCAUCAACAAGCAAUAAUAUUCCGCUAAUGAGGGUUGUACAAUCCAUCAAGCACACAAAGAGGAAGAGCAGCACAAUGGUGAAGGAAGGGUGGAUGGUCCAUUACACCAGCAGGGAUAAUCUGAGAAAGAGGCAUUAUUGGAGACUUGACAGCAAAUGUCUAACAUUAUUUCAAAAUGAAUCUGGAUCAAAGUAUUAUAAGGAAAUUCCACUUUCAGAAAUUCUCCAAGUAUCUUCACCACGAGAUUUCACAAACGUUUCACAAGGCAGCAACCCACACUGUUUUGAAAUCAUCACUGACACUAUGGUAUACUUCGUUGGUGAGAACAGUGGGGACAGCUCUCAUAAUCCUGUUCUUGCUGCCACUGGAGUUGGACUUGAUGUAGCACAGAGCUGGGAAAAAGCAAUUCGCCAAGCCCUGAUGCCAGUGACCCCUCAAGCAAGUGUUUGCACUUCUCCGGGGCAGGGGAAAGACCACAAAGAUCUAUCUACCAGUAUCUCUGUAUCUAACUGUCAGGUCCAGGAGAAUGUGGACAUCAGUACCGUUUACCAGAUCUUUGCAGAUGAGGUGCUUGGUUCAGGCCAGUUUGGCAUUGUUUAUGGAGGAAAACAUAGAAAGACCGGAAGGGAUGUGGCUAUUAAAGUAAUUGAUAAGAUGAGAUUCCCUACAAAGCAGGAAAGUCAACUCCGUAAUGAAGUGGCUAUUUUACAGAAUUUGCACCAUCCUGGGAUUGUAAACCUGGAAUGUAUGUUUGAAACACCAGAACGAGUCUUUGUGGUAAUGGAAAAGUUGCACGGAGAUAUGUUGGAAAUGAUUCUAUCCAGUGAGAAAAGUCGCCUUCCAGAACGGAUUACAAAAUUCAUGGUCACACAGAUACUUGUUGCUUUGAGGAAUCUACAUUUUAAGAAUAUUGUGCACUGUGAUUUAAAGCCAGAAAAUGUGCUGCUUGCAUCAGCAGAGCCUUUUCCUCAGGUGAAGUUGUGUGACUUUGGAUUUGCACGCAUUAUUGGUGAGAAGUCAUUUCGGAGAUCUGUAGUAGGAACUCCGGCAUACUUAGCCCCCGAGGUUCUCAGAAGUAAGGGUUACAACCGUUCUCUAGAUAUGUGGUCAGUGGGAGUCAUUGUCUAUGUGAGCCUCAGUGGCACAUUUCCAUUCAAUGAGGAUGAAGAUAUAAAUGACCAAAUCCAAAAUGCUGCAUUUAUGUAUCCACCAAAUCCAUGGAGAGAAAUAUCUGGCGAAGCAAUUGAUUUGAUAAACAACCUGCUUCAGGUGAAGAUGAGAAAACGUUACAGUGUUGACAAAUCUCUUAGUCAUCCUUGGCUACAGGACUACCAGACGUGGCUUGAUCUUAGAGAAUUUGAAACUCGAAUUGGAGAACGUUACAUUACACAUGAAAGUGAUGAUGCUCGCUGGGAAAUACAUGCAUAUACACAUAAUCUUGUAUACCCAAAGCACUUCAUUAUGGCUCCUAAUCCAGAUGAUAUGGAAGAAGAUCCUUAAUUAUUCAAUGAGCUAACUUCAAUAAGGAAGAAUUUCAUUUUAUGGACUGAUAUUUUGCUUCCUAACUAUUAUUUGUAUGUUGUCAUCUGCAAGGAAGCAAAGACAUGAGGAAAUAUAAGGAAUUGGUGAUAACCAAUACUGUAGUUCAUCCAUAGGUACAGGAAGGGAAGCUGAGUAAUAACACAUAAUGGAAUCAAGGGAAAGUUUUCUAUAAAUUUUUAUAGCAUAAGUAAUAACUGGUUUUGUAUUUUUUCCUGUUCCUUCACUUCAGUACAAUAAUGCCACUUAAUUUAUCUUCCCUUUCCUGAUCUUACAUCAUUUUUUAUUAAAGGCAAGCUACCAUAGCUUGACUAAAUCAUACAAGGAUUGUAAAGUUGAUUACUAAACAGAUUUGCAUUGAAGCAAUAACUGUGAGGCUAACAGUAUGUGAUUUACUAUAAGGUUUUUUAAAUGUUUGUCUAAUGGACCAUAGAGGCAUUGAAGCAUUUUUCCUAGAUGCCUAUGGAGAGCCAGCUGUUUUACCUUUCUUGUUUACAUCAGUUAAGACUCUAAGGCAGUGAUUCCUUACUUUUUUGGACCUGCAACGCUCUCCAUAAAAAUGAAUUGUCAUCUUUUUUUUUUUUUUUUUGCGGUGCUGGGGAUCGAACCCAGGGCCUUGUGCAUGCAAGGCAAGCACUCUACCGACUGAGCUAUCUCCCCAGCCCCGAACUGUCAUCUUUUGUGAGUAUUUUUCAGUAACUACUAAGAUAAUUCGGAAUGAUUGGUGUUACAAAAAGUAGGAGUAGGAACUGCUGGUGUUAAGUAUUGUGUGGUUAUGUGUGCCUUUGUGUAGCUCAGUUCUGCUGCUAAACACUGAUGUUCCCACCUGACACCAUCGUGAUGCCACACUGUAUCCCAGCACUGCAUGGGUGCAAAUCUGAACUUCAAUUACAUAAUUGAUAUUUUUACCCAAGAUUGAAUAAUUUGAGGGAGAAAAGAAAUAUAUACUAAAAGUGUAGGUCAGUUAAUGCUAUCUAUAGCAUCACUAUAUAGCAAACAGUAUCCCUUUUUCUUCCCUCAGCAUAUUGGAGGGUUUGCAAGUAUCUGGAGUUUUUAAAUCAGUAUUUUAUUUUGAGCAAUUUGGGAGGUUGUGGGUGGGAUAGACAUGAAAUACUCAGUUUAUGAGGGUUGGGCUGUGUUAUCAGCCCAGCAAAUGAAAGAAUGGAGUAAGUACUUCUUUUUACAUUCAGCUCCAGCAGCCAGCUAUUUAAAAUAGUUACUAAUAAAGGUUGAAAAUCCCUUAUUUGGAAUGCUUGGGAUCAGAAAUGUUUCAGAUUUGGGUUUUUUUUUUUUUUUUUUUUUUUUUUUUUUUGGAUUUUA